AUGAGCAGGCGGGUGGUGAACGUGGACACGGGAGGAUUCAAGAAGAAAGGAAUGCGAUAUGACUGGAAGACGAAAGUCGGGACCUAUUUGCCUGAUCAACGGUGUUCGGUAGUUUGCUCCAUUCUGUUAAUGCCUCUGCCAGGUGCACACACCAUUGAGGCCACCACAACUCGGUCCAUGGCCUGGUUCUCUGCAUCAGUUUCCUCAGGAAUUCCUCUCAUCUUUGUCAACAUCCAAACCGAACAGAUCGUCACAUCGGGCAAGAAUAUCCCCACAGGAAAAGAAAUUAGUUUGUGGAAGCAACAUAACCAGACAAUGACUGUCCAAAUGGUUCAUGCGAUAAGAUUAUGGUUUUUACCGGGAAUUGCAGAGGUUUCAGUAGAACUAGUCCCCGAACCCGGAGAAACACGGUUCGGAAUGGACAUCAAACGAACUAAUCGUCAUAAUCACAGAAAUAACAUUUUAUUAGCUGAUAUUCUUGCAGAAAUUGAUCUGACUUGUUCCCCCGCACAGGGCUUCAUCUGCAUCUUCGCCGUGACCAAAGGAUCGGCAGCCGAUCGUGCCGGGCUUGGAUGCAUCCACGAGGAGGCCCAUGCAGCUGGGCACCUGCUUGUGGUCUCGAGAUUAGAAGGCAAAAGCCUGCUGCCUUCAAAUGUGUGCUAUGAAGGGCUAAUAUACUGCUGUGAGCACAGUGACAUCAGAGAAGUCCUCACCGCAGCCAUCGACACGAUGGAUAGGAUCAAAAUCCACAACAUGGGUUGGCCCAACCAAACGCGCCUCAAUACAUCCCCAGCGAUGGGCGCGGCGGCUCUCCGUCCUCCUAAUGUACAUUGUUCACCUCCUCUGCUGCUAAAAAAAUGA